AUGUUCGAACGUGAAGUUGUUAUCGAUGGCAGAGGCCACUUGCUCGGUAGACUAGCAUCAAAGGUUGCCAAGGAGAUCUUGAAUGGACAGAGAGUUGUAGUCGUCAGAUGUGAGCUUCUUUUAAGAUCAGGUUCUCUCUUCAGAAACAAGCUUAAGUAUCACGAAUUCCUCGGCAAGGGAAUGAACACCAACCCAAGAAGAGGACAGUUCCAUUUCAGAUCUCCAUCACGUAUUUUCUGGAGAGUUGUUAGAGGCAUGCUCCCACACAAAACCCCCAAGGGUGCUGCUGCUCUCGGCCACUUAAAGGUAUUCGAGGGUAUCCCAUAUCCUUAUGAUCAAAAGCGCAGAAUGGUCGUUCCAGACGCUCUUAAGAUCUUGAGAUUAAAGUCCCACAGAAAGUUCUGCGUCCUUGGAGAACUUGCUCAACAAAUCGGCUGGACCAAGAAGGGCUUAGUCGAGAGACUCGAAGAAAAGAGAAAGGUCAAGUCAAGCAAGUUCUGGGAACUCAAGCAAAAGAAACUCAGCGCUAAAUCAAAGGCAAGAGGUCACAAAGAACUCGCUAAGGUCACUGAAGAACUCGCUAAACACGGUUUCUGA